GGAUUCUUGUUUCAGAAUGGGCUCUAUAGGAGUGCGGUGUUAGGGUGAUGGCUUUCUGCUCCAUGUAGAGUUUAGAGCUAGGCUUUGCAUUUCAGAGAGAAUCUCCUCUUUUCUGCUCUCCGUGUGCUCUUGGGCAGUCUCUGAAUUAGCUAGGCUGAAGUGAGAUACUAAACAGUGCCAUUGAUAAGUAGUGAUUUUUUUUUUUCUUUCGAGACAGGGUUUUUUUGUGUAGUUUUGGUGCCUGUCCUGGAUCUCGCUCUGUAGCCCAGGCUGGCCUCGAACUCACAGAGAUCUGCCUGGCUCUGCCUCCUGAGUGCUGGGAUCAAAGGCGUGUGCCACCACCGCCCGGCGCGAUAAGUAGUGAUUUUUUUACCCUAUCCUAUGUAAGAGGAUACUGGAAAGUUCAGAGGAACUGGCCCUGAGGGCCACCUUCUCCCCUGGGCGUGAGGUGGGGCACUUCUAAGAGGUGAGGUUCCUAGCUGGACUCUCUAAGGGUUACUAGCACGCACCAGGACUCUCUGCAUGACUUUUUGGCCACCGGAAGCUUCAGAAAUCUUUGCAAUCACUGGCCUUCCCAGAUAGAGUGCUGGUCUGCACAGAGGGGCCAGCAGGGAUGGAAGGGGCCAGCAGCCUCAGGCCUGGACAAGCUACCAUGAUUGAAGGAAUGGAUUCCCCAGAGGGCGAUGGAAGAGUCUCUGCACUCAUCAAGGAGGGGGCCAGUGCAAGGGGCCUGUCCCCUUCUCCAACCCCGUACCCUCAGAGGGUCCGGAGAAAAUCCAGGAAGUGUGGAAUCUGUCCGCAGGAUGAGGAGGAGGCAGGCUUUUCCUUGGGGCUUGGUCAGAGCCUUGAUGGGCACUGCCGUCCUGUGCAGAGUGCGUCUCUGGAGUCAUCUGCAGGUCCCCAAAGACUUAUUUCUUCUAAGGACACUGGUCCUGAAGAUCCAGGUGGAAGUUGGGUAGAACCUGCCCCAGAGGCCGCGUUUGAAUGCAUGCUCUUUUCUAAGAAUAUGGCUCAGGCAGGCAGCCUCGAUCACCUUUUUGGAUUCCCAGAGCUCUUUGGAGAUGAGUCCCUUAGUCUGAUCACACAGGACCCUCCCCAGAGCCCAGCGCUGUACCCAGGGGUGCUGUCUGAGGGUUCUACAGAGCAGCAGGAAGCACAGCCGGUGUUUGUGGUUGGCAGCUCUGGCUCUCCACCUGACCCAGAGGGGCCACAGGUCAACGCCCAGCCAGUGUCCAGGCUGGAGCUGGGACAGGGAUUUGCUGCUCCAGCUGAGCCCUUGGGUGGUCCCAGUGGUGCAUCCCUGGGGCAGAGAAGACCCAGGCACGUGAAUAAGUGGCAACAGACUGGCCCAGUGUCCUGUGCUCAAAAGCAGCAUACAGUCAACUCCAGCCAAGAUCAACCCGAGGAAGUCAUUCAAAGAGGUUGCCCCAGAGUGGAGAAGAUGAGAGUGCCCUGUGGAGUGAAGCUCGUGUACUACAUCUGCUCUGGGCCAGGGAUCCAGCUCCUGGGAGCCUUCAGCAACAGCCAGCCAGGGAGACAGCUUGAAACUCUGGAGGACUUGGUGAAGGUCAGCUCAGCCAAGAGGCAGAGAAGGCCCAUGACUUCUCACCCCGCCAAUUGUCAGUGUGAUCUCAUGGAAACUGAGAAGCCUCUUCAGGAGAGGACUGAGGACCCAGGUGAGCAGGAGUCUAUGCUUCUGGAUGUUGGAGUACGAUCCACCGUGGUCCAUGCCAUGCAGGAGGUGCUGUGGACUCGUGUCCAGGAGUUUCCGGACCUGUUGCUGAGGGAAGAAGAGGUAGCGGGCAUUGCAGAGGGCAUUGAGGCUGCCCUCUUCCGCCUGACCCAGGACACCAACCUCCGCUACAAGACCAAGUACCGCAGCCUGCUCUUCAACCUGAGAGAUCCCCGGAACUCUGACCUGUUUCUCAAAGUGGCUCACUGUGAUGUCAGCCCUCACGACCUGGUACAGAUGAGCUCAAUCCAGCUGGCCCCCAAGGAGCUGUCCUGCUGGCGGGACCAGGAGAAAAGAAGGGGCCUGGACAUCCUUGAGCAACAACAGAAGGAGCUGUCUAGACUUCCCACCUCCAAACUGACUCACAAGGGCGAGGUAGAGAUCCCACGGGACUCAGACCAGAUGCUGACCCUGGAGGACCUGAUGGAACCCAUGGUGCCCCAAGAGUACAGCCCACAGGCCCUGACGACCCCCCUGGAGGACACCACAGAUCAGCAUCAGCACCACAUCUGGGACUCCAACUGCCACAUCUGCAAGGACUGGAAAUCCUCAGCUGAACUGCCAGGCCUCUCCAGAGCCAUCAUGAACAAGGAGGAAGAUGUCAUCUGGAAAGCCCCAAGUCCAGCUCCUGUGUCCUCUCCAGAGAUGCUCACAGCUGGGGAGACACCUUCUAAGGAACCACAGGACAGGCUCCAGAUGCCUGCUGGGCCCAAAAAUGUCCCACCCAGCCCUCCGCCCUGGGAGGGCUCACUAGACAUGUUCUCCAUCAAGCGUUUCCGGGUCAAGGCCCAGUUGGUCUCGGGACACAGCUGUCAGCUUGUCCAGGCUCUGCCGGAGGUCAUUCGCUCAGCAGGCUGCCUCCGUCCAAAGGACCUCUGGGAUCUUCUAGACCUCAUGUGCCCAGCCAGAGCAAAGGACAUCUGCGUGGUCAGACUGUGUCCCCAUGGGUCUCGGGACAUCCAGAACUACCGCAUGCUCUACUCCUACCUCAACAACAAGCAGCGGCACUGCCUGGUGAUUGUGCAGCACGUGAAGGUGGUCUUGCUUCCCCUGCCCGCCUUCCAGCCUCUGCCAGCCAGGCUGCGCCCUCUGGGAGGCCCAGGUCUUGAAGCUGCUCACACGAGCCUGUUACUCGCUGUACUGUUCCCUAAGGAUGGGCUUCCAGACACAGCUCUGUCCAUCCCCGUGGGGAACAAGGUUCCCAAGACUGCCUCCUUCAGCAAAAGAGUGGAGAGGAGAUGCUACCAGCCAGAGGGCAGGGCAUCAGAGACCACCCUGAGAGGAUCACUUUCCCAAGGGGAGGCCCCAAAACAGAGCUUGACCAAGGGCAGCCUGGCUCCAAGGAGUGGUUGUGCUUGGCAGAGCCUCCACAGAGGCAGGGGGAGGCAGGGACCUGGCUGGGGACAGCAGUCCCCAGAAGCAAGUUGGUGCCACCCCCAACAUCCCAAUUCAGGUGGACCAGUUUUCCCUGGCAUUGGCCAUGGACAGCACCUCCAUAGGGCCUCCUGUUUCCACCAAGACCUACUCCAGCACCUCAAGGUCUUGGUGACCAUGAGUCACCAGUUCCAGGCCUCUCUGUGGCCCCCGGGUCAGCAGCCUCUCCUCCCAUCCUCUGCAGUAUCUUCAGUUCCGGAUCCCCCUGGGCCAAUCUCAGACCCUUCUCUGGGCCCUAGGGAUGGAGGUGGCUCUGAGUGUCUUUGACCGGUGAGGCCUGACCGACCCUUCGGACCCACCAGAACAGAAGUGUUCAUUCCCUUACUCUCAAUGCUGAAUGAGAGGAAAGGCCAGUCAGCUCUCCCCCACCUGCCCAGUUUGUACCCGUUCUGCAGCCUGUUUGAUGGUGAAUUUUGGUUCAAUAAAAACUUGGCAAAA